AUUUGGGAACUGGACUCGAGUAUCCCGUGGGAAGUGUGUGAUCGAACAGAGGGAAGGAAGAAAGAAGAAGGAUGGGAGACGGUGGAAGUGGGAACCGCUGGAACAAAGCAGAGUGGCUUCAACAGUACGAUCUGUUGGGGAAGAUUGGCGAAGGAACUUACGGUCUCGUCUUCCUCGCCAGAACCAAGUCUCCUUCUCCCUCCAAAUCCAUCGCCAUCAAGAAAUUCAAGCAAUCCAAAGACGGCGAUGGUGUCUCUCCCACCGCAAUCCGUGAAAUCAUGCUGCUCAGAGAGAUAACGCACGAGAACGUCGUCAAGCUCGUCAAUGUUCACAUCAACCACGCCGACAUGUCGCUCUACCUCGCCUUUGAUUACGCCGAGCACGAUCUUUAUGAAAUUAUUAGGCAUCAUAGGGACAAACUCAACCAUUCCAUUAAUCAAUAUACUGUUAAAUCUUUGCUCUGGCAGUUGCUCAAUGGACUAAGCUAUCUGCACAGUAAUUGGAUGAUACAUCGAGAUUUAAAGCCAUCGAAUAUAUUGGUUAUGGGUGAAGGAGAGGAACAUGGAGUUGUUAAAAUUGCUGACUUUGGACUUGCAAGGAUAUAUCAAGCCCCUUUGAAGCCAUUAUCUGAAAAUGGGGUUGUUGUAACCAUUUGGUAUCGUGCACCUGAGUUGCUUCUUGGAGCAAAGCAUUAUACCAGUGCUGUUGAUAUGUGGGCUGUGGGAUGCAUUUUUGCUGAGUUGUUGACCUUGAAGCCACUAUUUCAAGGGGCAGAAGUUAAAGCUACAUCAAACCCUUUUCAGCUUGAUCAACUUGACAAGAUAUUUAAGGUUUUAGGCCAUCCCACAUUAGAAAAGUGGCCUUCAUUAGCAAGUCUUCCACAUUGGCAACAAGAUCUGCAACAUAUACAAGGACACAAAUAUGACAACACCAGCCUCUCUAAUGUUGUACACCUAUCUCCGAAAAGUCCUGCGUAUGACCUCUUGUCAAAGAUGCUUGAAUAUGAUCCCCGUAAGCGUAUAACAGCAGCACAAGCUUUGGAGCACGAGUAUUUCAAGAUUGAACCAUUACCUGGACGAAAUGCACUUGUACCCUGUCAACUUGGAGAGAAAAUUGUGAAUUAUCCCACUCGUCCAGUGGACACCUCAACUGAUCUUGAAGGGACAACCAAUCUGCCACCUUCACAACCGAUAGUGGGACUGCAUGGAGAAAAUGUAUCUGCAGUUUCUGGCAACAUGCCUGGUGCUCAUGGGUCAACUAGAUCUGUCCCACGGCCAAUGAAUGUUGUUGGCAUGCAACGAAUGCCACCUCAGGCAAUGGCAGCUUAUAAUCUCACAUCUCAGGGAACAAUGGGUGAUGGAAUGAAUCCUGGGGGUAUUUCAAAGCAACGAGGUGUUCCACAGGCCCAUCAGCAGCAACAGUUGAGAAGGAAAGAUCAAAUGGGGAUGCCGGGAUACCCUGCACAGCAGAAGUCUAGACGAAUAUAAGGUUUCUGCUUGUUGAGAGACCAAGUGCAGACGGAUUUGGGGUCAAUACUUGGGUACCUGAACUCAUGCAGGACAUUUCAGGACAGUAAUUUGUUUCAAUACAUGCAGGCCUCACUUCUUUAUUGCAGUCAAAGAUUUGUUGCAUUCUUCACUGGAAUGUCGAUGCUAAAAUACACCCCGUAACGCUGGAACACCAAUGAAGCCCAUGGAAAAGAAUAAACGUAUGAAAGGGUUUAUAAGCUAAUGUAAACUCAUGUAUAUUUUGACUAUAACUCUGGGCUUUUCUUGUAUUUCCUUAGCUUUUAGCAAGAUCGAUUUUAGUAAACCAAAUGUUGGAUAUCCUGUAAGUUUUUAUAUAAUUUUUCACGAUUGAAUCUAUAAUAUGUUAUUAUUUUGUAUUUAUAAAA